AUGGCGCCACUUGAGCAACAAUGGGUCAAGGUCCAGCAAAAGACCUUCACCAAAUGGCUGAACAGCAAGCUUAAGAGCCGAGUACUUCAGAUCAACGACCUCAUCACAGAUCUCUCCGACGGCAUCAUACUCAUCCACCUCCUCGAAAUCCUCAGCAACGAAUCGCUCGGCCGCUAUGCCUCCCGCCCCAAACUGCGCGUCCAGAGAUUCGAGAAUGUCAACAAGUCGCUCGACUACAUUCGAAGCAGAGGCAUCCAGCUGACCAACACGGGUGCAGAGGAUGUCGUAGAUGGCAACAGCAAGAUCAUCCUGGGCCUCAUAUGGACUCUGAUUCUGCGCUUCACCAUCAGUGACAUCAACGAGGAGGGUCUGAGUGCAAAGGAGGGUCUCCUACUAUGGUGUCAAAGAAAGACAGCUUGCUAUGAUGAAGUCGAGGUUCGCGACUUCUCCACCAGCUGGAACGAUGGACUGGCAUUUUGCGCUCUCCUCGAUAUCCAUCGCCCUGACCUCAUCGACUACGACAGUCUCGACAAGAGCGACCACCGUGGAAACAUGCAGCUAGCCUUUGACAUUGCUACCAAGGAAAUCGGCAUCCCAGACCUGCUCGAUGUAGAGGAUGUAUGCGACGUUGCGAAACCCGACGAGCGCUCUCUCAUGACUUAUAUCGCCUACUGGUUCCACGCCUUCUCGCAUAUGGAACGUGUCGAAAAUGCGGGUCGCCGCGUAGAGAAGUUCGUGGCCAACAUGCAAGGGGCGUGGCAAAUGCAAAACGACUUUGAGCGACGCAUGCGUGCGCUUCUCGAGCAGAUUGCACAGCAACAGAAGCAAUGGGAGGAGGCCCAAUUCGACGGGACGUACGCCGACGCUAGGAACCAGGCCACAGAGUUUACAGCAUGGAAGCGCAAGAACAAGCGGACAUGGGUUGCUGAGAAGUCGGAUCUGGUGGGCUUGCUAGGUAACAUCAGGACAAAGCUGGCCACAUACCGUCUACGACCUUAUGAUCCGCCUGCAGAACUCAGUCUGGAAGCACUGGAUUUGGCAUGGACAGGACUGAUGAAAGCCGAGCGGCAGCGAUCUCAAGUCAUCAACGAAACGAUACGAGACAUUAAGAACGCACUACGGAAAUCGUUCGCAGACAAGGCGAACGACUUUGCGCUUGCACUGAAUACAUUAUCAACGUCCAUAUCGGCUCUAGAAGGCGACGUAGAGGAUCAACUGGAACAUACAAAGGAGAUUAGCAAGUCGCUCCAGCCCCUGGACGAAUAUCUGACUCUUAUUGCCUCGAUUGACGAGCAGUGUGCCGAGGCCAACAUCGAGGAGAAUGACUUUACCACGUACACAUACGACGAACUAGAGUACGAGCUAGGUCUCGUGCGCAAUUCCGUGUCGAAGAAACUGGCCUUCUUGGAGAACCAAAUGGUGGCACGCAACAUGACCAAUCUCACGCCCAUACAACUGGAAGAAUUCGAAUCCGUUUUCCGACACUUCGAUCGCGAUGUAUCCAAUUCGUUGGCGGAACUGGAAUUUUCAGCUGCAUUGGCCAGUUUGGGUCUUGUUUAUGACGAGGAAGAGAUGCACGAUCGAUUCCGAGAAACUAGUGGUGGCAAGGAUUAUGUGACUUUUGAACAGUUUAUCCGCUUCAUGGUGGACGAGACAGAGGACCAAAACACUGCAGAGCAGGUGUUUGAGUCGUUCAAGGAGGUUGCCGACGGCAAGCCAUACGUUACUGAACUCGAUUUACGGCAUUCGCUGGUACCUGACGAGGUCAUUGACGACCUGAUAGCUCAAAUGCCAGAACACAAAGGUCCUGAUAUGCAGGAAGAUCGCGAUAUCCCCAAAUUCGACUACAUCACCUAUAUGCAACGGUACAUGGGCAUCGACGCUGGCAACGGCAACCACGUCAACGGCGAGUAG